AUGGGGACACAUAGCCACUUCAUCAUGAUUGCUUCCUCUUUGCUGCAUCCCAAGCACUGGGACAGCAAAGUUUCUCUUUCUCUUCCAGAUGCGUUUUUGUGGUAUUACCUGGACACAUGUGUGUACACCUCCUCUGAACUUCCUGACAUAGAGUACAUAUACUCUCUGUAUUUCAAUAAGAUAGAAUUUAUGAGGUUUAACAGCACUGUGGGGAAGUAUGUUGGAUAUGAUAAGUUUGGUAUCUAUAACGCAGAGCGCUGGAACAACGAUCCUGCAGAGAUGGCACGAAGGAGAGCUGAUAAAGAGAGAUACUGCAAACAUAAUAUAGAGAUAGAGUACCGAAAAAUACUGGAUAAGACAGCUGAGCCCAGUGUGAGACUGACUUCAGUGACGCCCCCUAGUGGCCGACAUCCGGCCAUGCUGAUGUGCAGUGUCUACAACUUCUACCCCAAAUACAUCAGUGUCACCUGGCUGAGAGACGGACAGCCGGUGACCUCUGACGUCACUUCCACCGAUGAGCUGGCAAACGGUGAUUGGUACUACCAGAUCCACUCCCACCUGGAGUACACGCCCAGGUCUGGAGAGAAGAUCACCUGCAUGGUGGAACACGCCAGUUUCCCCUCUCCUGAGAAAGUGGACUGGAAUCCCUCCAUGCCACAAUCAGACAGAAACAAGAUCGCCACUGGAGCGUCAGGUCUGCUUCUGGGUUUGAUUUUGUCUUUGGCAGGUCUGAUCUACUACAAGAGGAAGGUCAGAGGGCGUGUUCUGGUUCCAACCAGCUGA